GAUUUAUGAGAACUUACGACAGCUCCGGUGGACCAUGCGACUCGUGACGGCGAUGAAUGUUAAGUUACUGCCGGUUCUACGGCAGCGCGGCGCGAUCACGCGCUCCUUCUGCAGAAAUCACGGUGAUCCCGAUCGCCAGGUACCGGUCUCUGUCAGAUCGCAACUAGUACGAGCAGGGCGUUUAGGCGAGAGAUCGGGGUUGCUGAGAAACGUACGCGGACGACGGGUUCACCCCGCAGUGGUAUCCGUGAGAUUCUUCGCGACCAGAAGAUCCGAUCCUCCGAGCGAUGGCAAUGGAGAACAGUCGGAUUAUCCCGCAUCUCUGCCUGCGACGGUGGUGGUGCCUGAAGUGUGGCCUCACGUGCCAGUCAUUGCCAUCAACAGAAAUCCAGUGUUUCCCAGGUUCAUCAAGCUGAUCGAAAUCAGCGAUCCAGUUUUGAUAGACUUGAUACGUAGGAAGAUAAAAUUGAAUCAGCCUUAUGUAGGAGUUUUCUUGAAGAAGACUGAAGAAAAUGAAGCUGAAAUUGUUCAAAACUUGGAUGAGAUUUAUUCCAUCGGAACAUUUGCGCAAGUACACGAAGUACAGGAUCUGGGCAAUCGAUUGAGAUUGGUGAUAAUGGCGCACAGGAGGAUAAAGAUCGUUAAUCAGAUUUUUGAGGAUGUCAAUUCCAAGGCGGAACACGAGAUGAAACUGACGUUUCCACUAUUAAAUACUACAAUUACCGUCCCUGUAGACGACUCGAUGAUCAGUGGCAAGGGCCGGAGGUCGUUGCGUAAAAAGACAGAGAACAAAGCUGCGGAACAGAUGGAGAAAGUACAUAAGAUCAGUGAGACGGGCUCCACGGAGGUAAACCCGCCAGUGAAUCCGUCUGAAGGAGCUGCAGAAAAACCAUUAGAAUCGCUUACUCAACCUAUAUUGAUGGUGGAAGUUGUAAAUAUCACGCACGACAAGUUUAAGCAAACCGAGGAGAUCAAGGCUUUGACUCAAGAACUCAUCAAGACAAUUCGGGAUAUAAUCAGCAUGAAUCCUCUGUACCGCGAGUCUCUGCAACAAAUGUUGCAUCAAGGGCAGAGAGUCGUGGAUAAUCCGGUUUAUCUCAGUGAUUUGGGUGCCGCCUUGACUGGAGCAGACGCGCAGGAGUUGCAGCAGGUCUUGGAAGAGAUGGAUAUUCUAAAACGACUGAGACUGUCGCUCGCGCUUCUGAAAAAGGAAUACGAAUUGAGUAAGCUGCAGCAGAAAAUUGGAAAGGAGGUUGAAGAGAAAGUGAAACAGCAGCACAGAAAGUACAUUCUCCACGAACAAUUAAAAGUCAUUAAAAAGGAGCUGGGAUUGGAGAAGGACGACAAGGACGCGAUAGGAGAAAAGUACAGGGAAAAGAUACGGGAGAAGACUGUGCCGAAACCGGUGAUGGACGUGCUGGAAGAAGAACUGAACAAGCUGUCCUUUUUAGAGAGCCACAGUAGCGAAUUUAACGUCACGAGAAAUUAUCUGGAUUGGCUUACAUCUAUGCCAUGGGGUGUGACGAGUACGGAAAAUCUAAGUCUGGAAGAUGCCAUUAAAAUCUUGGAUGAAGAUCAUUAUGGAAUGGAAGACAUAAAGAAAAGAAUCCUUGAAUUCAUCGCUGUUAGUCAACUGAAGGGCUCUACGCAAGGAAAGAUACUAUGCUUUCAUGGGCCGCCUGGUGUCGGCAAGACCUCCAUAGCUAAAUCGAUUUCGCGCGCUUUGAACAGACAAUACUUUAGAUUCAGCGUCGGUGGCAUGACGGACGUGGCGGAGAUUAAAGGUCACAGACGAACGUAUGUGGGAGCUAUGCCAGGCAAAGUUAUCCAGUGUUUGAAGAAGACUAAGACUGAAAAUCCGUUGAUCCUCAUAGAUGAGGUCGACAAGAUCGGCAAAGGACAUCAAGGUGAUCCAGCGUCCGCACUUCUCGAAAUGCUCGAUCCAGAGCAGAAUGCGAAUUUCCUGGACCACUAUCUCGAUGUUCCCGUAGACUUAUCGAAAGUUUUGUUCAUCUGCACGGCAAAUGUGACAGAUACUAUUCCGGAACCUCUGCGAGAUCGUAUGGAGAUGAUAGACAUGUCGGGUUAUGUCGCCGAGGAGAAGCUCGCCAUCGCGAAACAGUACCUGGUGCCGCAGGCUAGAACCGAGUCUGGUCUCAACGGCGAUCAGAUCGUCGUGCACGACAAUGCGCUCACCGCAUUGAUCAAAUCUUAUUGUCGGGAAUCUGGAGUGAGGAGUUUGCAGAAACACAUAGAGAAAGUGCACAGGAAAGUGGCAUUCAAGGUCGUCCAGAAGGAGGCCGACAGAGUCGACGUCACCGCGAGCAAUUUGCACGAGUUUGUCGGCAAGCCGAUGUUCACGCACGACAGGAUGUACGACAUUACUCCACCCGGUGUGGUGAUGGGAUUGGCGUGGACGGCCAUGGGCGGCUCCACGUUGUUCAUCGAGAGCACCAUCAGGAAACCAAAUGCUGGCAAGAAGUCUGAGGGUACUUUCGAGGUCACCGGGCAUUUGGGUGACGUGAUGAAGGAGUCUAUACACAUCGCGAUGACUGUCGCGAGGAAUCACCUGUCGCGUGGGGAUCCCUCCAACACGUUCCUGUACGAUUCGCAUUUACAUAUACACGUGCCUGAGGGUGCGACCCCGAAGGAUGGGCCGAGUGCGGGUGUGACGAUCGCUACGGCCUUGCUAUCUCUCGCUAAGAAUCAAGCCAUCCGGCAAAACGUUGCGAUGACGGGCGAGCUGAGUCUCAUGGGCAAGGUACUCCCUGUCGGUGGUAUCAAGGAGAAAACUAUCGCUGCAAAACGGGUCGGCGUUAAUUGUGUAAUUUUACCUGAAGAAAACAAGAAAGAUUUCAAUGAUCUGCCUAAAUAUAUCACGGAUGGUCUGGAAGUGCAUUUUGCUACGACGUUCGAUGACGUUUACCGUAUAUGCUUCGCAAAGGCGGACGAAACCGACUCUGUUCGAUCUGCCGAAUCAGUCACCGCUCAUAUACCAUCAACACAGCCUACAUUUGGAUAAAUCUGAGUUAUAUGCGAAAGGAUAAACUGCCGAUGAAAUAUUUGAUUUCAUAUUUCGUUUUUCUUACGUUAUAAUGCCUGCAACAAUUUAAAACAUGUGAUUCAUAUAGUUAAAGAAUACAUAAAAGAGGCAAUAGAUUAUGCUUUUAAAAAUAUAAUUUAUACAUUUUGUUAAUCUUACGUUUAUGAAAAUUUUUCCAAUCUAAAAAAACUUUAUUAUUAAUAAAAUCAUUCGAGUCAACAGAUGUACUCGGGUAUAUUCUGAAGGAGCUUUCUACUUGUAAAUAACCGAUUAUAAUAGAUCGACAACCCAAUCUUCGGAUACAACUUCUACAUAAUUCUACACAAAAUGAUAUGUAUAUACAUUAUUGAAUAAUAUAAGUUAUACUGAUGUAAAAUA